CGGCGGAGUACGCGCGCGACGUAGAACGCGGCGAGCGCAGAGAGCGCAGAGAGCGUAGUGAGCGCAGUGCGUAGUGUGGUGUGCGGGACAUGGGGCGAGUGCGGUGAGCGUGCCGGCAAGAUAUCGGGCGCGAGGCGCGGCUCGGGCGGCGGCAUGGUGCUGGAGGGCGGGCUGCCGGCGCCGCUGCAGCUGUACGCGGCGGCCGCGGCGCAGCUGGCCCCCCGGCCUCCGUGGCCGCCGUUUCUGCCGUUCUUCGGUGUGCCGCCGCCGUUCCUGGCGCGGCCCAGGUUGCCGCAUCCUAUGCCAAAUCGGGCCCCACACGGCCCCCCCAGUGAAGAUUCCAAUGAGGAUGGCGCCAGCAGUAAAGGUGGCGUGUGCGACGAUGAUGGUGACAGUGGAAAAAGAAGACGAUCUCGGACGAACUUCAACUCCUGGCAGUUGGAGGAGCUGGAGCGAGCGUUUCUGGCAUCCCACUAUCCUGACGUGUUUAUGAGGGAAGCCCUCGCUAUGAGACUAGAUCUCAAGGAAAGCCGAGUAGCUGUAUGGUUUCAAAACAGAAGAGCAAAAUGGCGCAAGAAGGAACACACAAAGAAGGGUCCUGGUCGGCCAGCACACAACGCCCACCCACAAUCCUGUUCUGGAGAACCGAUCCCACCACACGAACUCAGAGCAAGGGAGAGGGCGAGAAGAAGAAAGAAGUUGGCAAAAGCGUUGGAGAGGCAAGCGAGGAAGCUGCGGGCUAAGGGCAUCGCCGUGGACCUCGAGGCUUUGAAGGCAGAGUACCUGGCCCAGCACAAGAACAGUGGCCUGUACUCCGACUCCGACGGGGAUGGGGAAGGGGAGGACAGUAUGAUCGAUGUGGUAGGGGGAGACUCCUGCCACGAUUCGGGACCUGAAGACUUCUCCCUUACGGGCCGGCUGCGGGCGCCUUCGGGUGCCGACGGCAUGAACAAUUCAGACAGUUCAACGUCCGACGGCCAUUCCGGGCGGCAUUUCAGCCCAACCCCCGACCCUCAGCCAUCUUUCUUCAAGCACUUCGGCGGAGCGAGUACGAACUUCGAGAAGUUCGACUUUGACUCCGGUCGGGCUGUCUCCUUAGACUUGAGUGGCGGAGGGCACGCUACUGAGGACCUUUCGAAGAAUGGAGGGACAAGAAAACACAAUCCUUUCAGUAUAGAGUCGUUACUUAAUACGUGAAAGUGACUACAAUGUGACAAUAGAGGCUCUCGGAUAAUUCGUGACUGACCAGUGAACGUUGUGACUGAGUGACUCAGCAGUGACUGAAAUGUCGACAGCAACUGAGAUCUCUCAGUACGUUAAAAGUGAAAAUACUUCGGGAACCAAUAUUUCUGCUGAUGUAGCUACGAUAGAGGUGUACCAACACUUGAAGGCGUUUCAGAGAUGUUCCUUUGCUUACAGUAAAAUGUUAUUAUCAUUAGAUUAAUCAGCUUUUGUAAAGACUUGAUGAGUACCAUAUAAUUACAUAUCCCGUGUGAAUACUAGACUUAGGCAAUGUAUUAUAUAGGUAGUAGUGUAUAUAGUAACGAACGAUCUAUAUUUAUUUACUUUAAUGUUAAUAUAUUUUUCUUUUACAAUCGGGGCAAUAAUUUUAUAUUGACUUUUGUUGACGAUGUGCUAUUUUUUUUUAAUUCGUUUAUUUUUGCGAUUUUCAAAUUUUAUUUUUUUA